AUGAGCUUUGCAUUUUACCAGAGUUUUAAGGGAUCGAGGCAGUCUCUACCUCUCCCUCCUGGACCAAGAAAGCUUCCGGUCCUGGGAAACGCGUUGGAUUAUCCGAAGUCUGAACCUUGGGUGACUUUCGCUAAGUGGGGAGAGCAGUACGGCCCCAUCAUCCACUUGACUGUAUUUAACCAGUCCAUCAUAAUACUCAACGACCCUAGUUAUGCCGUCGACAUGCUCGACAAAAAGAGUCGCCUUUACAGCGAUAGGCCUACGCUCAUGAUGGCCGGGCGCCUCAUAGGCUGGGAUGAUGUUAUCGGUCUGGUGCCUUUCAGUGAGCGGUGGAUCGAGCAUAGAAAGAUGCUCGCUCAGUUUAUGGGUACAAAGGCAAAGGUGGAGGAAUUUGGUGAGGUAUUGGCGGAGGAGACAGAGGUGUAUCUGAGGAGGAUUCUAGAGGGGAAGGAGGAGUGGGUCGAGCAUUCGCGCAAGCUCGUGGGCAACGUCAUGCUAAUGCUGGCCUAUGGGGCGAAGUCUACGGAUGACGGCGCGGAGGGAAUGGUAAGGCUGGUCGGCGAAGCAAUGGAUCAGUUUUCUGAGACGAGUAUGAGUGGCGCGAAACUCACGCCUUGUCCACCAUCAGUGCGACAUGUCCCAGAAUGGUUUCCCGGCGCAGGAUGGAAGCGUAAGGUCCCCAAGUACAGAAAGAGUUUACAACUUAUGAUACAUGAACCGUACAAAUGGGCAAAAAGACAGAUGGCCACUGGAACUGCCCGCCCUUCCUUUCUGUCUACAUACCUUCACGAUCAAGGGGUGAGCCCUGAACAAUCACGGGAGGCAAAAUGGGCGGCGUCUGGAAUUUAUAGCGGUUCGUCUCUAAUUCAACGCUUCACGAUAGCCGGUCUCGAAUGUUUCUUCCUCGCCAUGACUAUCCACAUCGAAGAACAAAAGAAGGCGCAAGCUGAGAUCGACAAUGUCAUAGGACUGGGAAGGCUGCCCACCCUUCGAGACCGAGAAAGCUUGCCGUAUACGAACGCUUUGAUCACCGAAGUACGGAGACGAUACAUUUUCGCGAUGCUCGGUCUGCCUCAUUCCUUAAGAGAGGACGAUACCCAUGGGGGCUACUUCAUUCCGAAAGGCUCAAUUGUCAUAGCGAAUAUCUGGUUAUUCAUGAAGGACCCGAAGGUGUAUCCUGAGCCCGAUCGCUUUCUCCCAGAGCGAUAUCUCGCUUCGGACGGAAACGAAACACAGAAGGACCCGAGAGAGUACGCAUUUGGCUUUGGGCGACGAGCUUGUCCAGGUUUCCACCUCGCCGACACGUUGACAUGGCUAGCAUGCACCUCCGUCCUCAUGGUAUAUGAUAUACGGCCACCUACGAAGGAUGGCAAACCAGUGCCACCAGCUGUGAAAUAUACGAGCGAGACGAUCAGUCAUCCGGAACACUUCGACUGUGUGAUCAAGCCACGCUCAGUAGCUGCUGAAGCCCUCAUCCGAAGCAGUACUUGA